UAACCACUAACAACAACACCAUAACUGAUUCCACUGAAGUUGAAAAUGUUUCUAUACUUAAGCAAAAAGAUUGCAAUACCUAACAAUACUAAAAUACACGCUUUAGACUGGAAUAAACAAGACGGGUACAUAGCAGUUGGUGGAGAGAAUGGACUUUUAAAAGUAUUGAAACUUGAUUCUGGCAAUGAGGCUAAUACUAAAGUUCGAAAACUGGCAACCACCAGCAACCUUUCCAUGAAUCAAACUUUGGAAGGUCACUCUGAAACGAUAAAGGUGCUUACAUGGAAUGAGCCUCAUAAAAAGCUUACAACCAGUGACUCAAAUGGAGUUAUUAUAGUAUGGAUGUUAUAUAAGGGUGCUUGGUAUGAGGAAAUGAUUAAUAAUAGAAAGAAGUCAACAGUGGUUGGAAUGACAUGGAGCAGUGAUGGUCAAAAAAUAUGUAUUAUCUAUGAGGACGGCGCUAUUAUUGUCGGAUGCGUGGGGGGUAACAGAAUAUGGGGUAAAGAACUGAAGCAUGUUGCCCUUUGUGGUGUCCAGUGGUCUCCUGAUGGAAAAUUACUAUUGUUUGCAUUAAAAAAUGGCCAGCUUCAUCUUUAUGAUAAUCAGGGCAAUUUUGUGAUGAAAUUGGCUAUUUUAUGUCACGACAUGACCUACGACCCAAUUCCCAUUGUAGGACUUGCUUGGUACAACGGAGUGAAUGGAUUCAUUCACGGAAUGUGUCCUAAUUUAGCUAUUUGCUUUGAAAAUGGCAAGACCCAGUUAAUGCGAAAUGAAAGUGACACAAGUCCCAUUGUAGUGGAUACAAAAAUGUUUGCGGUUCAUUGCAGUUGGAAUCAUAACGGUUCAUUGCUGGCAAUAUCCGGUAAACAAUUUGCGGAAGAAAGGGAGGUGAAUUUGGUCCAGUUUUACAAUCCAUUUGGCGACCAUUUGCGAACACUUAAAGUUCCCGGUUCAUCAAUUUCUUGCUGUGUGUGGGAGGGAGGUUCCUUGAGGGUGGCAUUGGCGGUUGAUUCUUUCGUUUACUUCGCCAAUAUACGCCCCGAUUAUAAAUGGUGCUAUUUUAAGAGGACUGUUGUUUUUACCUCAUGCAAACCUGGUCGGGCAGGAGUUUGUCUUUCCUUCUGGGAUACUACUAAUAAUUUGUGCCACGCGAGAUGGGUGAACGCAUUAUUAGCUAUAGCAGCUCAUGGCGAUUAUUGUAUUAUAGCUACCCAGUCAGAGACCGAGAGUGUCGGAAAAUACGGACUUCUUUUGUAUAACACUCUAGGCACCCCUGUUGAUGGUAAAUAUAUAAAUAUAGAACCGUUGGGGGUAACGAUGAAUUCGUAUCAGGUGUUCGCCGCAUCCAAAGAUAAUUUUAUAGUAUGGCAUUACAAGACGCCAAAAUCAAUAACAGUGGGUGCAGCGAGAUCAAAGAUGUUCCAUAUAGAUGAUAGUUCGUCUGGAGCGGUGGAAAUUAUUCAAGAGCUCGACAGUACUAGCAAAAUACCAGUGAGCAGUCAUCCGACAGUUGACCCGAUAUGUUGCUUAACAGCCACAGAUGCUUGCCUAAUUAUAGGAAGAGAGUCUGGUCUGGUACAUUAUUACGUUUUACCGCAUAUUGUUUUAACAAAUCGUUAUAAAAUACCAACCCGGCCUCACAAGCUGGCUGUUAACUCCAACUCCACGAGAUUGUCGAUAAUAGACGUCUCUGGUGUUAUGACGGUAUUAGAUAUAUCUGAAGGAUCUGGAAAGCCAUCCAGCAGUAGUGAAGCAAAUAAGCUUGAACGCAAAGAUGUAUGGGCUAUGUGCUGGGCAUCAGACAAUCCACAGUUGUUAGCUAUUAUGGAAAAAACCCGCAUGUACAUAUUCAAAGGGAUUUAUCCAGAAGAGCCUGUGGCCUGUUCUGGAUACAUAUGUAGCUUUAAUGAUUUAGAAGUGGAAGCAGUGCUUUUAGAUGAACUGAUAGACAAUCCGGAGAAACCCAGCAAAGAUUACCUAAUAAAAUUAGAAGUUAAAAGUCUUAGAGACACAAGACAGCUUCUGGAAAAAGUUGGUAUCAACGAAGCCGCGCAAUUUGUUGAAGACAAUCGACACCCCAGACUUUGGAGAUUGAUAGCUGAGGCUGCUUUGAAGGAAAUGAAUUUAAACAUGGCCGAUGCGUGUUUUGUAAGGUCAAGAGAUUAUUCAAAAGUUCUUUUCGUUAAGAAACUCAGAGAAAUAAACAACGAAGCGAUACGAAAGGCAAGGGUUGCGACAUACUUUCGAAAUUUUGAUGAAGCUGAAAAAAUAUACUUUGAAGCUGACAGAAGUGACUUGGCGUUAAAUCUACGCCAAACAUUAGGCGAUUGGUUUCGCGUGAUCCAAAUAAUAAAAAAUGGAGUUAGUGCCCCAGAUUAUCUUUUAAAAACAGCCUACAAUUCAACUGCGGAUUAUUUUGCGCAUUUUAACAAUUGGACAUCGGCCAUCGAAUACUACGAAUUGGCUAAAAAUACAGCAAAGAUUAUCGACUGCUAUUUUCAUAUGGAAGACUGGAAAAAUUUAGAAAAUUUGGUUGAUCAACUGUCAGAAGGAGAUCCUUUGCUAGAAAAAAUUGCAGAUAUAUUUGCAGCUAACGCCGUUCAUGCUGAAGCUGUUAAAGCUUAUAUUAAGGUUGGCAAAGUAAAAUCGGCCAUCGAUUUGUGCAUUUUGCAUAACAGAUGGGACGCGGCUAUAGAGUUAGCAAAAAAAUUUAACAUUUCCAAAAUUUCCGACUUACUAGUUAAGUACACCGAUCAUUUGAUUAGUCAAAAACAGGUGAUGACAGCAAUUGAAAUCAACGUCCAGGCCAAAUAUUAUUUACGAGCGGCGGAACAUGCUUUCAAUCUUGCAGCAUUAGAAGCCAGAAAGUCAGAUCGAAAUCUGUUGAGAAUCAAGAAAUUUUACGUAUACACAGCUCGCCUAGUAGAAAUGCAUAAAAGUUUUUCUCAAGCAAGCGAUUUGCAGUCAUAUGAUCCAUUGAUUUGUGAAACCGCAUGGAAGGGUGCCGAGGCCUAUCAUUACUACAUGUUGGCCCAAAGCCAGUUAUACAAUGGAAAAUUGCACGACGCUCUUUGCAUAUCAUAUAAAUUGCAAGAUUACGUCGACUUCAUAUCAGAAGAAGAGGUGUACUCGUUAUUAGCACUUGCAGCGUGCCUCGAUAGGUCAUUUGCUAUUUGCUCCAAAGCUCUAAUGAAAUUAAAAACCCUUAAAAAUGUAACGCCUUCUGACGAAAUACAAUACAAAAAGCUCGCCUGGGAUAUUUUCAGACAAAACGAGCCGGUCAAUGUUAAAAAGAAGAUGAUAAAGUGCGAUAAUUGCGAAACUUCAAUCCAAGAUUGGAACACAGUUUGCUCAAAUUGUAAGAUUCAUUUCCCCACGUGUGUAGUGACGGGAAUUUCGAUAGUCGGAACGCCUAUGUGGUUUUGCAAAACAUGCAAACACCCUGCGUCCCAAAGGAAAAUUGAAUUUCUCAAUUCUUGUCCCCUGUGUCACGCAAAAUAUGACCACCAAUCAUAAAAUCUCCAAAUAGGUUAUUUAUGUUUCUUUGAAUAAAUGAACUCUCAUCUUUUGAA